UGGUCGAGCCACCGCCCUCCCGAGUCCGCGCGCUGGCUCCCGGCGACUCUCGCCCGCCCGGCCGCGUCAUGCCCGGCGCCGCUCGGCUCUAGAGCUCGGGGCCGCCGUCCCCCGCCCGCUCGCCCUCCCUCCCGAAGCCGCGCCCACCGCCCAGAGCCAGAGGGAUGGUGGUAGUCACGGGGCGGGAGCCAGACAGCCGUCACCCGGACGGUGCCAUGUCCAGCUCCGACGCCGAGGACGACUUUCUGGAGCCGGCCACCCCGACGGCCACGCAGGCGGGGCACGCGCUGCCCCUGCUGCCCCAGGAGUUUCCUGAGGUUGUCCCCCUUAACAUUGGAGGGGCUCACUUUACCACACGCCUGUCCACCCUGCGGCGCUACGAGGACACCAUGUUGGCAGCCAUGUUCAGCGGGCGACACUACAUCCCCACGGACUCAGAGGGCCGGUACUUCAUUGACCGGGAUGGCACACACUUCGGAGAUGUGCUGAAUUUUCUGCGCUCAGGGGACCUGCCGCCCCGGGAGCGUGUGCGAGCAGUGCACAAGGAGGCCCAGUACUAUGCCAUUGGUCCCCUCCUGGAGCAGCUGGAGAAUAUGCAGCCGCUGAGAGGCGAGAAAGUGCGCCAGGCAUUCCUGGGCCUCAUGCCCUAUUACAAAGACCACCUGGAACGGAUCGUGGAGAUCGCCCGGCUGCGCGCUGUGCAGCGCAAGGCCCGCUUUGCCAAGCUCAAGGUCUGUGUCUUCAAGGAGGAGAUGCCCAUCACCCCUAUGAGUGCCCUCCUCAACAGCCUGCGCUUCGAGCGCAGCGAGAGUGAUGGGCAGCUCUUUGAACACCACUGUGAAGUGGACGUGUCUUUUGGGCCUUGGGAGGCCGUGGCUGAUGUGUAUGACCUGCUGCACUGCCUGGUCACGGACCUGUCGGCCCAGGGCCUCACUGUGGACCACCAGUGCAUUGUGUGUGACAAGCACCUUGUCAACCACUAUACUGCAAAGCGCCCCAUCUACGAGUUCAAGAUCACGUGGUGGUGAGUAGGCUGCUAGGCACAGAGCUCCAUCAGGGAGGGCGUCUGUUCUCUUCAGUGGCUCCAGGAGCUGGACCCCUGGAGGGGCUGCUGACUGCCCCAGAACCUGCUGCAGUGGCAACCGAGUCCUGAGGCACAGCUCUGACGAGAUAGAGGUGGUGGCUCCAGUCUCCCUAGCUGGACCUCAGAGUCAGUCUUGGGGUUUGGGGUCCUUGGUGACUCAGUCUACUCUCACUGGGCCUUCCCUUGAGGUGAUAGGGUUUAGUGAGGGCUUCACCAGAAGUCCAGAGAGGUUUUGUCGCCUUCUUGAGCUUGUGAGAAAAUUUCUGUUUAGAGCCACUGAUACAGACGUCACCACCUCCUCAUCCUGGUUACGCCUUCCCUCCCGUGCUCAGCGCCUCCGCAGGAACACAGAGCAUGCUGGGAUUUACCUAAGUCGUCACCCACAGCCCCUGGCUGAGGAAGAGACUGCAUUCUCUCCAGGGUAUCCCUUGCUCCCCCAGGGACAGUCCCCUGAGUUACCCUAGGAUGGAGAAGGCCUUCCUCCCAGAACAUGCCCUUCACCACCGCCCCGAGUUACCCAGAGCUGCCAAAGCCACGCACCAGCUGGCCUUAGAAAACUACAAUGUUUACAGCCCCGUCACAGGGUCCUGGCUCUACCUUCCUCCCUCCUCUCCUCCUUGCAAGGUUAACUUCUCACAGGGCACGUUUUUUAAGUCAAGCAGGCAAGACACCUGGAUCAUCUGUAUCUGAAAUGAAACAGCACUUUUAGCACUCAGGCCACUUCCUCAUGUGCUGGGAUCCCAUAUGUGGUGGGCCUCUCUGGAAAGGGAGCCUCUCCUAGGACAGUUUCAGUUCUGAGGAGGAAAGGAAGCUGCUCCAGGAGCCGCAGAAAGUCACAUACUCCAUGUCUUUCACUCCUGUGUAUCAGAAAGAGAAAGAAGCAGCAGUGAUGUGUCCCACUGCACGUCUUCUUGCUCAGGACGCUAGUCAGCGAACAGACAUGCAUCUCUAAAGAAGAGCCUGGGCCCUGACCUGGGUGGACAGAGCUGGAGAUAGGUCCAUGGCCAGACCUGUGCUGUCUAGUGAUGGUUUCUUCUGGUGGCGAUACUCCGCCUUGCUGCUUAGCACAGCACUGUGGCCCGGCCCUUGUUCUAACAGAGUAGUUUCUCAUAUUACCCAUGGCUUAACGUGUGUUCACUUUGCACAGGUAGUGAGGCAGGCUGCAGGAGGAGGCCCAUGUGCGUAGACAGUAGGUGACUAAGCCAGUGCUUUCCGUCACCUGGCCUCGGCCCUUCUCUCUCCUUCCCAUUCUUGCCAUAAAGCCCACAGUGCUUGGCAAGUUAGAAUCCAUCCAUGGGAGACAGGGAGAAACUGGUUUGCACAGAAUAGGCCCUGAAGGCAUUCCUGAGUUACAGGGAUACCGUGCAAGGACAUUAUCUCUGUGCUUCCUGCUGGAGGCGCCCCAUUUCACUGUACUCUGUGUUGCGCCACUGUGGUGUGCUCUGUUCCACUGUGAGCAGAAAAGGUGCUGGACCACUGGAGCAGGCAUGGGGGGCACUAGGAAGCCAGCUUAGAGCUCUUCCCCUCUCUCCCUUCUCUUUCCUUCCCUUUCCCUUCUCUCCCCCCUCCUCUUCCUUCCAUUCUUUUUUUUUCUUUGUAUUUUACCCAAUUUUUGAGGGUAUUGGGGCAGACAUUGUACUGAAUACUCUUGUGAAAGUGUGGAUUUCAGUGGCUCCUGCCUGAAUCCCAGCUAUUUGGAAGGUGGGGAUAGGAGAAUCAGGAUUCAAGGCCAGCCUGGGCAAAUACUUAGUAAUUUCCCGUCUCAAGGAAUAAGCCAGGUAUGGUGGUAUGUGCCUAUAAUCCCGCUACCUGGGAGGCACAGAUAGAAGGAUCACAGUCCAGGCGUGCCACCGGGAAAAACACAAGAUCCUAUGUGGAAAAGAACUAGAACAAAAAGUGCGGGGAAAUGGCUCAAGUGGUAGAGUGCUUGUCUAGCGAGGGAUAGGCCCUGAGUAAAAACCCCAGUACUGAAAAACAAAAACCAAAACCUUUGUCUUUUCUUUUUAACCCAGGGACUUCUCUACUUUUUUCU